CUCGGUCGAGGCGACAUGGCGGCGGCGCUGCUGCUGGCUCUGGGCCUCGCGCUCCUGGGCGGCCAGGGCGCCUGCGCGGCGGCUGGCUUCCUCAAGGCGCCGCUGUCCCAGGAGCAGUGGGCGGGGGGCAGCGUGGUGCUGCACUGUGAGGCGGUGGGCAGCCCCGUCCCUGAGAUCCAGUGGUGGUUUGAAGGGAACAACCCCAACGACAGCUGCUCCCAGCUCUGGGACGGCGCCUGGCUGGACCGAGUCCACAUCCAUGCCACCUACCGCCAGCAUGCGGCCAGCACACUGUCUGUGGACGGGCUCGCCGCAGAGGACACGGGCACCUACGAGUGCCGGGCCAGCAGUGACCCUGACCGCAACCACCUGACCCGGCCACCCAGGGUCAAGUGGGUCCGUGCCCAAGCAAGCGUGGUGGUCCUUGAACCGGGUACCAUCUCAACCUCCAUCCGCGAAAAAGACUCCAAGACAUACUUCACAUGCACUCUGAACAGCAGUGCCGUCGACAUCCUUGGCCACCGCUGGAUGAGAGGCGGCAAGGUACUGCAGGAAGACACGCUGCCUGACCUGCAGAUGCAGUACUCGGUGGACACACAUGACAGCGCUGGGGAGUAUUCCUGCAUCUUCCUUCCCGAGCCCGUGGGGAGGGGCAGCAUCUUUGUGGAAGGACCACCCCGGAUCAAGGUCGGGAAGAAGUCAGAGCAUGCCAGUGAGGGGGAGACGGUGAGACUGGUCUGCAAGUCUGACUCUUCCCAUCCUCCUGUCAUUCAGUGGACCUGGUUCAAGACCUCUGACUCUGGGGACCAGGUGAUCACCAAUGGCUCUGAGAGCAAGUACCUCGUGAUAUCCACACCGGAGAGAUCUGAGCUGACCAUCAGCAACCUGGACAUGAAUAGCGACCCUGGCACCUACCUGUGUAACGCCACCAACUCCCAGGGCACCGCCCAGGAGAGGAUCACACUGCGUGUGCGAAGCCGCCUGGCCGCCCUCUGGCCCUUCCUGGGCAUCGUGGCCGAGGUCCUGGUGUUGGUCACCAUCAUCUUCAUUUAUGAGAAGCGGCGGAAGCCCGACCAGUCCCUGGACGAGGAUGAUCCCGGUGCUGCUCCACUGAAGGGCAGCAGCCAUCACCUGAACGACAAGGACAAGAACGUACGCCAGAGGAACGCCACCUGAAUGGUGGAGCAGGCGGGGCCCGGGGGACGCCUGACCCCAGCCCAGUGUCCACCUCCACGCCCAUUCCCAUCUGCCCAACCUCCUGUCCCAACCCGGGUGAAGACAGAGCCUCACCGUGCAGAAAGCCCACCUGGAAGAAGAAGCCGCCCACAGCACCCCUGAUUCUAGUUUAAACUAAACGAGGUUUCUAUGUAGAGAAUCCGUUCCUUAGGGGGUUCUGUUUGAUUUUUUCCCUUCCCUUUUUUAAGCUGGUCACUACAACCCUGUGGAGUGGGAGAAUGGGGUCUUGUCCUUGGUCAGGAGGGAGAGGCCAGGACAGGCGCUGACUUCUGGUGGAGGGGGGCCCCCACCUGCUCCCCUGUUUGGGUCUGCCCAUGCUCACCAUGGGCAGCAUGGCUGGGCCUGCUGGGACCCCACAAAUAAAGACCUACCCCGCCA